AUGGAAAACGUCGGGAAGAAGAAAAUUUUAGAAAAAACUAAAGAAAAGAUUGGUAAUAGGAAAAAAGGAAAUGAAGGCAAAAAAUCUAGAACUAAUUCAGUAUCAAGUAAUAUUGAAUCAUCUACGGUUGAUGAAAAACUAGAUAAUAUUGUUGUAGUUGGAAAAAGUUGUAGUGUUUUAAAGCCAAAUUCUUGUCUCUCUGAAAGUCAUUCAAGAGCUAUUCUACACCCACCUAUAAUAAGCGAUAAUGUAAUUAAUAAAACUUCUGGUGAUACAUCUGACAAUUUACAACCUUCUUUGUCUUGUUCCUCGUUCAUUUCUGCAAAAUCAGAUUUAAGCAAUUCAAAAUUAUGCUCCAAAGAAGUGUUUGAUUUGGAAGAUGAUAAUUCAGCGAAAUUGCUUCCUGGAAAACAAACAAUUAGUAAUGACUCUUCAAAGGAAAAGGAUUAUUUAGUUAAGUUAAAAGAAAUGGAAAAAAAAAUAUACAUAAAAGAUAGGAAAAUAAAUGACUUAAAUCAAAAAAUUGAUGAGUGCAUUAUGGAUAAAAAGAAAAAACUCACAGAAAAUAAAGAUCUUACUCAUAAAGUUGGUGUAUUGCAACGACAAUUACAAUCUGUAUUCGAAAUGAUGAAACAAAAAAAUAUGAAUCCCUCAAUUAAUCAAGAUGAAUUUCUUAAUUGUAAAAAAAAAACAAAUGAACUUCAUGCUUUGAAUCAAGAGCUUCAUAGAGAAAAAGAAACACUUAAAGAAAAUUUAAUUUUAGUCAAAAAUGAUUUACACGAAAAAGAAGAAGAAUUGGAAAGGAAAAAACAAGAGAUUAACGAUUGUAAGAACAGAUGCAGUUUAGAAAUGUGGAAGUUUAUCAAUGAAAUAGACUGUUUGAAAAAAAGUUUAAAUGCUCAAUCGCAAAUACUCAAUAAGAAAAUUUCUGAAGCGCAACAUUCAAUGGAUGAUGAGAUUGUGAGGAUAACAAUAAAAUUAGAAGAUCAGUAUCAGAAAGAUUUAAAAAGUGCAGUACAGAAAUUACAGGGUAAUUUUGAAAAAUUAUCUAAUUUACCUGUGACCACAAUUGAACAUCUUAUUCAGAUGAAUGACAUUAAAAAUAUUGAUUGGAUUGCUUUUCAAAAAGAUUUGAAGCAACCGGAAAAUCUUUCGAGAGGUAAAAGUUUAUCUUUAAGCGAAUUAAAUAAUCAUGAAAUUACACAUUCGAAAAAUUUUUACGAAUCAAAACUUGCACUUUUAAAAGAUCAAAUGAAUAUUUUAUCGAUUCGGUUAAAAGAAAAAGAUGAAAAUGUUCUCAACGCAGAUUUAAUAAUAGAUAAAAGAAAUUUGAGGAAAAUGUAUCCAACACUUCCUUGGGACAAUAUAUUUUCAAUAAGUGAUUUUUACAUGGCGGAAAUAAAAUCUCAGAAUAAAAUUCAUAAAUUGGAACGUGUUUUUUUUGAAAACAAAGUUAAAACGUUAACGGAUGAAAUUUUACACAUGGCAAAAAAUGAAGAAAUUUAUCUGGAAGAAUUGGGAAACGUCAAAAAAUUGACUUAUUUGUACCGUGAAAAGUAUGAAAAUCUUGUUAAUAAAUGGCAAGAGAGAGUUGAAGUAAAUAACGAGGCGGAGGAAAAUUUGAAUUUUUUAAGUUUGAAAGACAUAUUCGAGCAAUUGGAAAAUUUUAUUUUUUUAUUGCAAAAAUUUGAAAAAAUUCACGGAGUGAAUUUGGAAAAAAUAUUUGCUCAACACGACAGCGAAAUUUUGUUGUGUCGAGAAAGCAUGGAAGCUUUUCAAAAUAAAAUUUUAGAAUUGGAAAUGUUUCAAAAAAAUCAAUUGAUAUUGGAUAACACAAUUCAAGAAUUAAUCGAACACGUUGGAAAUAAUUAUGUGAAAACAGUCGAAGCUUUAGUAACAAGUCACGCUACCGAAUUGAAUUUAAAACAAUUAGAAGCAUAUUCCAAUAAGGAAAAAUAUUUAGAUGAAAUAGCCGUUUUAAAAAAAAAUUAUCAAUUGGAAAUACAAGAACAUCAAAAUAAAUUACUUUUAUUGGAAAAAUCAAAAAAUGCCGUAGAGAAAGAAUUAGAUUCUUUUAAACAAUGUCAACUUCAUCAGAAUCCAAGCCUUUUAAAGAUGAAACUCGAGGAAACGUCUCUGGAUCUUUUAAAAUGCGAAAAUAUGCUUGCGAUGAAAGAUGAAACGGAACUUAAUUUAAAUAAUAGAAUAAAAGAAUUAGAAGAAAUUAUUAAUACGAAAAACAUAAAUAGUCAAAAAGAAAUAGAAAAUUAUCUUGUCAAGUUGUUAAGUAAUAAUAUUAUUAUAUCGGCAAAAAAUGAUUUGAUUAAAGAAUUAGAAGAUAAACUUGAAAAUUCGGAAAAACUUUUAAAAAAAUGUUGUCUCGACAUUGAAUACGCCCAUGAAAUUUUUUUCAAUUUAGAAGAUAGAUUGCAAUUUUUAGUUGAAAAAUUUCUUUACGAUGAAAGAAAUUUUUUUAGGAACAAUGAACUUUUUAAAAUUCAUUCCGUUAUUCAAUCGAGUAGAAAGGAGUUGAAAGAUGCAUUUUUACAAUUGUUUCAAAAAAUUAAUUUCAUUGAAAAAAAAUUAAAUUUCAAUUAUGAAAAUAAAGCGGAUGCUUGUGUAAAUACCGAAGAGAAUAUUACGGAUAAUGAUAAUUGCGAAAAAAUUGGAGAAGAUUUAAAUAAAGGAGAAGGAGAAGAAAAUUAUGAAUUUCAGGGAUCUUUGAAAAAUGAAAAAAAUUUUUUUCACGACAUUCUCAUCGAAGAGACGAGUAAUGCGGAAAAUUUAAGCGAAGAUGAUUUACUCGACGUGUUUCUAUUUGAAAAAAAAAAUGAAGUGGAAGAAAAUUUAGUUGAAACGUACGGCGUUGAAGAAAAUGCUGAAAUAAGUGAAAAUGAUUUAGAAUUAAUGACGGAAGUCGUGACGAAUUUGGAAUUGAACGACAAAUCGGAAAAAGAAGAAAUACUAUCGAUUUGCUUUCAAAAAAUGGAAUUUCUUUACAAGGAAGAAAAUAUGACGGAUGAAGGAAGAAACUCGCCAUCUUUUUCACCUAAAAGUUAUAAUUCUUCCGAAUGUUUAAAAUAUAAUGGAAUAAUUGAAGAAAAUGAAAAAUUGAAGAAUGAAAAUAAUAAAUUACUCGCAGACAGUUUUCUCAAUAAGUCACACAUAAGGUAUUUAGAAGAAUUGGUAUCGGAAUUGACGAAAAAUUUGAAUGCUUUGUUUAAUGAAAAUAACGAAUGGAUAUGCAGUACGACGAUAUUGGAAAAAGAAAAUGAAUACCUUAAAAAUGAAGUGAAACGGGAAGAUUACGAUACGACCGGCGGCGACUUGAGAAAAGAAAUAAGUAAAAUAAGUAAAUGUAUUAAAAUGAUUAGCAUCAAGUUGGAUAAUAUGAAAUUAAAUAAUGAGAGAUUAAUAAACGAAAGUAGGAAAAAUUAUAAAAAAAAUUUGAGUUUGACAAAUGAAUUAGAAGAAGCUUGGGCUCAAAGGUACGAAAUCGAAGACCAAUUAACCAACGUUCGUCAAGAGAAUUUCCUAUUGAAUAUGCAUAAGGCUCAGUUGGAAGAUACGAAUAGAAGAAUAUCGAGUUUGGUAGCCGAAGGAAAACCAUCGGUGAUUUCAUGGAUUAAAAUUCACGAAACUGUUGACAAUAUUGUCGAUGAAGUUUUGGCUGCGAAAACUUUUGUUAGAGAUUCCGACUGUUCUUCGGCGUCCUAUAAAAACCUGAAUCUUUCAGACUCCCAGUGUAAAUUUAAUUCGGUGACAGAAUCUCUUCACGCUCACGUGGAAAAUAAAACUUUUCUAUGCGAUGAACUUUUGAUGCAAAAAACCACGCUCGAAAACAAAUUAAAAGAUUUAGAGGAAUUGUUGAAAAAAAAUGAUGCGAAAAUAAAUAAUCGAAAUAAAAUCAUCAGCGAAACUUUGAAUAUGACGGAAAAUACAGAUUUGAUUAAAAAACAAAUUGAAAAACUUCAAAGCGUUAUAGAAAUUAAGAAAAAUGAUUUUGUUGAGAAUGCAAAUAUAAGGAAAAAAGAAUUGGAACCAUCAUGUUUUUCGGAGGAAGACUGCGAAAAAGAAAUUUUAUUUUUUUUCCAUGAAUUCGUAGAAGAAAUAAACGGAUUAAAAUCAUUGAAAAUAAAAUUAAACGAACCCGAUGAAGUUGUCGACGAAAUAACAAAUUAUAUAGAAAAAAUUGAAACGAUUAACAAUUGCUACAAAGAGAAAAAAUUGGAUAUAGAACCCAAGUUUAAGAAAACGAGAAAUCCUUGCGAAGAGAAGCUUAAAAAUGCUACGGAAAAAGAAGAGUUUGAAGUGUUUGAUCGUAUAAAAAAUAUUUUAAGCAACGUGGAAUUAAAUGAAGUUGAGCUGAAAGAAAUUAUUCAUUACAUUAUUAAAAAACAUGUUUUUAAAUUGUCGGUGUUGAAAAAUAAAAAUAAAGAAAUAUUAAAUAAUCACACGUCAGAAAUAAUAAGUCUAAAUAUUGUGCUCGAUGAUUUGAAGCUUAAUUUGGAGAAAACGUUUCGGGAAAAAGAAAAUAAUACGAAAAAACAAUUGGAAAAUAUGAAAAUCGAGUACGAAAAUAAAUUAAAAGAAGAAAAAACAAAAUACGAAAAUGACAUGAGGAAAAUUGAAAAUGAUUCAGAAAGGAAAAUUUACGAUUUGAAAAAUUUACCUAAAAAUUUUAAAAAUGAAAAAAAGGAAAUGAAAAGGAAAAAUUUUCCAAUCGAUCAGAUUAUGUGUGAUAACGAAGGCGAUUCUUGUCUUCAUAUAAAAUACAUAAAAAAUUUAGAAAGUGAAAUUUCAGCUCUUAAAUCGGAGAUAGCAAUGGCUAACACUCCCGUUUGCCCGUCGGGUUCAACACAAAAUAAUUUUUUCAAUUUGGAUAUUACAACCGACGAUGAUAAACUCGAAAUAGUGCGAGAAAGGGAUACCUUAAAGAACAUGGUCAAUUCUUUACGCGUUCUAGUCGGUAAACUAUUGAACUUCAUCGGACAAAGUGGUAAAAACAUGGGGAAUGAUGUCACGAUAAGAGAUUUUAAUUACGAUGAUACCAUGUACAAAACCUUGUUACUAAAUAGUCCCGGUCGGAAUAAUGGCGAUAAGUCGUCGCUUGCGUCAAACAGUGUCAUGUAUUCGUUAGAUAUUUCGAACAUCAUACAAGAAAUAAACGAUCAUUCGUUAUUAAAUGCAUCAUAUCAAAUUCAAAACGAAUUGGAUGCUUGCGUGAAAGAAAUGAAAAAGGAUGCUUUAAAUUUAUUAGCUUUAUCCGAGUCGGAAGAUUUGAAAACCUUAUCAAAAUUUUUGAAUAAAAUGGAAAAGGAUAAAGAUGAUUUGGAGGAUAAAAUAAUCAAAGUGGAACAAGUACAAAAUGAAAUUAAAUCGGAAUUAGACGCGACAAAAAACAAAUUGGUACAAUGGGAAAAAAAUAUCGAAGUCAUCUCUGAGGGAUACGGUGAAGAAAUCGUGGGUCCUAAAAGAAUUAUUCCUUUAUCAAAAGCAGACGAUAAAAUGAUGGAUGGAAAUGAAUCUCAUGAGGAUGUUAACGAGUUGGAUGAAAUGCAUAAAGAUUGUCACUUGCACGAAGAAUGGAAACAAGAAAAAAUCGACUUGCAGCAGCAGAUUGAAGUUGCGGAUAAGCAAUUGAACUCGCUUAAAAAAUUCAUGGAAGAACAAGCAACGGAAAUUGAACAAGAAAGAGAAUCUUUCGAUAAGGAAAUAAAUGAUUUGAAAGAAUGUUUAAAAGCAAAGGAAAGAGGGAAUUUGUUUAACGAUCAGAAAAAACAAGAGGCAUAUCUUUUGUUAAAUAUUACUAACUAUUUGGUUUUUCUAACACUCACGCUUAGUCUUAUUGUCUCUACACUGGAUUGUAAUAGGAUUGAAAGUUUGGAACUGCAAAUAAAAGAUCUGACCGCUCAAAUAAAUACAAGCGAAGAGAAUAAAAAAGCUGUCGAAUUGGAAUUUCAAAACGCGGUGAAAAAAAUAUGGUCGCUCAGAGAAGUCAUACAGGAUUUGGAAAAUCAAUUGGCCGAAGUUAACGAAAGAGAAAAUAAUUUGAAGAAAAAAAUUGACAAUUUAAAUUCACGACUUGAAGAACAAUUUAAAAUCAAUAAGGAAAUUAAAAACGAGUUCGAAGUACUUAAAAACGAAAACGAAAUGAAAUAUACCGAGCAUAUAAAACAUUUGGAAGAAGAACUCGUUAAUUUGCAACAAAUCGUUGGAAAAGUAAAUCCCGAAUCUUUUGCAAUCAUGAAAUCGAAUUUAAGACACAUGGAAACGAUUUUAAUGAAAAAAACAAAAGAACUUGAACAAGUUCACAUAUCCUCCGCAAACGUCAGUUGCAGUUCUCCGUCUGAAGAUGUUUCCAUACGAGAUCGUUUUGAUGCGACCAGAUGUUCGACUCCGGAUGAAAUGUGCUGUGGAAAUUCAUCUGAAAAUAUCACGGCUCCAUUGGAAGAAUUGGAUCGUUUACAAGAAAAAUUAAUGCGGCACACUCGAGCAGAAGAAGUCGCGUUAAAAUAUAUUCAAGACCUCAAAAUGCAAAUAAAAAUGAGUAAAAAAUCAUUGGAGGAACUUCAAACGGAAAGAGAUGUUUUGUUGGAAAGAUCGGAUUUUUUCCUUAAAGAAAAUGCAAAUUUAAAAGCACGAAUGGAAGAACAAAGAUGCAAUGCUGCUUUCAUUCAAAAACAAUUAAAUUCGGAGUUGGAGUCGCACAUUCAUAGAUUAGAGAUAGAAGUUGAAAAAUUAACGUCGCUCUGUUCGCAAAAAGAUAAUCAAUUGCGGGAUAUGAGCGAAGUGUUGGAAAAUACAAGCAAAACAUUGAAACAAAGAGAAAUGGAAGUCAUGAAUAAAAGCAGAGAAGAAAAUGUUUUGAUAUCGACAUUGAAAAUGGAUUUAGCAAAUGCUUUGGGUGACAAAGAGAAACUGGAAGAAAGUUUGGAAAAAAUUAGAGAAAAAUUUAAAAAUAGCAUCAAAUUGCCAGUUUUAUUCGAUAGCAUGGUGGAAGAAAAAAAUGCGGAAAUAGAGAGAUUGGAAAAAGAAGUUUCUAGACUCUCUAAUGAAAAAUCAAAUUUACUUUCCAAUUUGAAAACCGUUGCUCAUUCGGAAUUUAAAUGUAAAAAAAAUUUUUCGCGACCUGACAGUUUUGGUGAAUACAUUUCUCCGAUAUCUUCCGGUAACAGAACGGAAAUGCGACAAUGCAGCGAUAGUUAUUCAGACUUUAAAAAUUCUUCAUUCAAAUUAAAACAGAACGAAUCCACGUUUUCAAAUGAAGAAAAAGAAGUUAAAUUGUUGUUUUUGGAAGAAUCAAAACUUCAUCGGGAAAUAAAUUUAAAAAAUGAAGAAAUAUCAAAAUUGAAAAAUGAAAUUUCUUCAAUGGAAAAUAAAUGCGAUCAAUUACAAAAUCAGUUAGAUGCAUCACAGAAUCAAAUAAAAAAAAUAAAUGAAGAUUUGGAUUUGAGUACGAAAGAAAUAAGGGAUUUGAAAACGAAAGAGUCGAAAUUGAUUGAAACGUUGGAAUGUAUAAAAAAAGAAAAUUUACAAAAAAUGGAAGAUUUACAAAACAAAUUAAGUUUCGAAAAUGCAAAAGUUAAAAAAGUGUACGAAGAAAUCAAAGAAUUGGAAUUUAAAAAAAUUGAAAUCGAAGAAGCAUUUUUCAAUUUAAAAGAUGAUUAUUGUGAAAAAUUAAACGAAGAGCAGAAAACGGUGAAAACGUUGAUGGAAAAAGUGAGGAAUUUAGAAUCGAAAAAUUGCGAUACGGAAAAUAAAUUAAUUUUUGUCAAAAACGAAUUGAAAAAUUUAACGAAAGAUUCCGAGGCGAACAUCAAAGUGUUAAAUAAGCAAGUCUCUGAUUUGAAAAAGGAAAAUGAAAUGUUAAAAUCGGAAAAGAAAACCGUUGCGAAUGCCGAAGUUCAAGUUAAUAGUAACUGUAGCAAUUUAGUUUACGAUAGCAAUUUAAAUAAAACCUUGCCUAAAACAUUUGCUGGAAUUAAUUUGUUAAAUAAUAAUAUAAAACUUUUAAAACAAGAAUUUGAUAAAAUGUCAAAAUCCGUUAGCGAAAUGUAUCAGGGGGAAGAAAGUGUCAAAUAUAACGAAAUUAAAAUUUUAUUUUCUUCAAUUAUUGAUAAUAUUAACGAAUUGAUUGAGGAAUUUAACGCGCACACAAAAAAAAUAAUGGAAUCCUCCGUGGAUGAUCUUGCAAUUAAAGUAAAAAAAGAAUUAUUAUUAUCCGCCAAAUUGGAUCAUGAUUUACUAACGAGUUUUCAAAAUAACGAUUUCGCAGCAGCUAAAAAUUUAGGGGACGAAGUAUCAGGCGUUUUGCCAGAAUACGGAGGAGGUGAUUUUCCUCGCGUUCAAUCUUGUCCCGACAAGAGCGGAGGUUCAUCCCAAGAAUUAAUCGUUAAAAAAGAAAAUGAAAAAAUUAUGAAAUUGGAAAAAGAAAAACAGGAAUUAUUGGAAAAAAUUCACGAUCAUCAGAAAAUAAUAAAAUUUUUAGAAGAAAGUCUUCUCGCCGAGAAAGAAAGGAUUUUGGCUGAGAAAGAACGAUGCAAAGAAGAUGCGAACAUAAUGGAACUUCUUAGAAAAAAUUUGGAGAAAGGUUUACGCGAUAUAAAAGCAAAAGAAAAAGACGUCAAAAAGGAAAGACAGUUGAGAAUGGCAUUGGAAAAAGAAUUGGAAGCGUUGAAAAAAGACGCGGCGAACGUUGCGGACAACUUUAAUAAUAAAAUUGCCAACUUGAAAAUCCUCGUGAAAUCUCACGAAGACAAAUUGGAAAUGUUGAGUAAAAGUUUAGAAAGUGAAAAAAUUAAAAAUCAAGAAUUGCGGAUAUUGUUGGAGCAAAAAAAAUUAGAAAAAAUUUCCGAAAAAGAAGCUUAUAAAUUGCUCGAAAGCGAUUAUAAUUUGUUACAAAAUCAAAAAGCUAAUAUAUCGUCAGAGAUGAACUUCACUAAAAAACUUCUUCAAUCUCGAAACGAAGAAAUAAAAGAAUUGAAAAAAAAAAUUAGCCUUCAAGACAUCGAUAUAAAAACUUUGAGCGUUUCAAAAGAUCUUUUUAGUAGGAAUCCAUCAUCGGAUGUGGUCCUCGAUUCGGAUUUAAAAAAUAUUCACGUGAACAGUUUUCCGGGAAAUUUAAAUCUCCAGAAUUUACCGGAAGAAGUUUCCGAAUCUCUUUUAUUUAAAAUGAAAGAAUUAAAUGAUUGCGUUCGACAACACAUUCAAGGCGGAAGUGACGAAACGAAUGGAGUUUUUAUCAAUUUGAACAAGGAAAAUAUGGGAGAGCAAUGCUCCGAUAAUAAAUAUGGAGACGAAACGAUUAUUCCCGACGAUGAAUUGGAAAAAAAAUUAUUGAAUUUGGAAAAGGGAAAACUUAUGAUGGAUCUUGAAAAUUUAAAAUCGGAUUACGAGGAGGCGAGACGAGAAUCCAUUAAAAUAAACAAAAGCAACGAAAUUUUAGUUUGUUGUUGUUGUUGUUGUUUGUCGUCGACUGACCAAUCAGGACAAAGUUUUAGUAAAUAUUUAUUCGAAUUUAGUAAACAAUUUUUUUGUUUUUUUGUUUUCCCCGAGUACAAGUUCAAUCAAAAUUGUUUUUUUUUCGAUUUGUUUAAAACGAAUUAG